GUUCUCCUUGCCUGAGGUCCUCCUCCAGUGGUUCGAAGGGGCACUUGUGGCCACAGCGGGAGGAGGAGGAGGAGAAGCGGUCUGGUGGUGAAGGGGAACGGAGGUGUAGGAAUUUCCCAGGGUGAAGGCUGUAGGCUCGAGAUUAGUGAGGAGCCAUUGAGGAACAUACUUUAUUGCUUCUUGAAUUCCAGCUUUUUUGAGAUCAGCCAAGAAUGCACACAAUUGGGGUUUGUACUGCUUCCCUUGGCUCACUGGGCCUCAUGCGAUUCUUUGGCAUGUCCUGGACAUGGAGUAUUGCAGCUGCUUUGGGCAUUUAUAUUGGCAGUGGUGGGUGGAACUUCCUCCGCAUCAUCUUCAAGACAGCCCUGAGAGAUUUACUAGGACUCUCGGUGCUUUUGCGGGUCAAAUAUGAACUGUAUCAUCACAGGAAAGCCAAAAGUAAUAUUCCCAAGCUAUUCCAGAAGACGGUCAGGAAACAUCCCGACAAAGUGGCCUUGAUUUAUGAAGCUACUGAUGACAAAUGGACAUUCCGGCAACUGGAUGAAUAUUCCAAUUGUGUGGCCAACUUCUUUUACCAGCAGGGCUUUCGUGAGGGUGAUGUAAUCGCUAUCUUUAUGGAGAGCCGACCAGAGUUUGUAGGCUUCUGGUUAGGGAUGGCCAAAGUGGGUAUUGAGGCAGCUCUCAUCAACUUCAACUUGCGACUUGACUCAUUGACUUACUGUGUGAAAACCUCAGGGGCAAAAGUCAUCAUCUUUGGUGGGGAACUAUCAGCAGCAAUCUCUGAAGUGAAUGGCAUCCUGGGGAAAAAUAUGACUAAGUUCUGUUCUGGAGAUUUUAGACCUGAAUCCUGCCCUCCAGAUACCAAGCACUUGGACCCUCUGCUGGCGCAGACAUCGAAAUCUCCUCCAACUCAUGUUUCAACCAAGGGAUUAGAUGAUCGGCUGUUCUAUAUUUACACCUCUGGAACAACUGGAAUGCCAAAAGCUGCCAUUGUGGUGCACAGUAGAUAUUACCGAAUUGCUGCUUUUGGUUAUUAUGCUUACAGAGUGACCACAGAUGACAUAAUCUAUAACUGCCUACCACUGUACCACUCAGCAGGGAACAUCAUGGGUAUUGGCCAGUGUGUGGUUCAUGGUCUGACGGUAGUGAUUAGGAGGAAAUUUUCUGCCAGUCGCUUCUGGGAUGACUGUGUGAAAUACAAGUGUACAAUCAUCCAAUAUAUUGGGGAGAUUUGCAGAUACCUGCUGAACCAACCAAAGCGGGAGGCAGAAAUGCAGCACCAGGUGUGGCUAGCUAUUGGAAAUGGCUUGAGGCCCACCAUUUGGGAAGACUUCACACAGCGAUUCCGAAUCAAACAGAUUGGGGAGUUCUAUGGAGCUACUGAGUGUAACUGUAGCAUUGCUAAUCUAGAUGGAAAGGUGGGAGCCUGUGGCUUCCAUAGCCGGAUUUUGCCAAAUGUAUAUCCUAUCCGCUUGGUGAAAGUUAAUGAGAAUACCAUGGAGCUAAUACGCGGCACAAAUGGAUUAUGUAUCUCCUGUCAGCCCGGAGAACCUGGACUUCUUGUAGGCAGGAUAAACCAAGAAGACCCUUUGCGGAGAUUUGAUGGCUAUGUCAAUCAGAAUGCAACUAAUAAGAAAAUAGCUUAUAAUGUCUUCCAGAAAGGAGAUCAAGCCUAUCUUUCAGGUGAUGUCCUAGUGAUGGAUGAUCUUGGCUAUAUGUACUUCAAAGACCGCAGUGGGGAUACAUUCCGUUGGCGUGGGGAGAAUGUUUCCACCACCGAAGUGGAAGGAAUCCUCAGCCAUAUUCUCAGCAAGACAGAUGUGGCAGUUUAUGGAGUAGAGGUACCAGGAGUGGAAGGCAAGGCUGGAAUGGCAGCUAUUGCUGACCCAGAAGCAAAACUGAAUCCUAACGUUCUAUUUUUGGAGAUACAGAAAGCAUUACCUCCAUAUGCACGGCCUAUCUUCCUCCGAUUUCUGCCAGAGGUUGAUACCACAGGCACUUUUAAGAUUCAGAAGACACGUUUACAAAGGGAAGGCUACAAUCCACACCAGAUGUCAGAUCGGUUAUACUUUUUGGAUGUAAAAGUUGGCAAGUACCUACCAAUAGAUGAGUGCAUUUUUGAGAGGAUCCAAACUGGAAAAAUUUCUCUUUGAUUGAAUUGGUGAGAUGACUCCUAAAAGGCCUGAUAUCGAAAGGUCUUGUUUUGGUAGAGAAAUAGACUUGAAUAAAUAAGCAGUGCAAGGUUUUAAUAUGCAACAGGGAAAAACUCCACUAUGGUGCGAGAGCAAGAUGGUUUCCUCCCCCCCCCCUUUUUUAAAAAGCACAUUAACCAUUUCUAGAGCACAGAGAAUAGCUCUUUUUGUAUUGUUCAGUUUUUAGAAAGGCCUUUUCUUCCUUAUAACCAUUGUGAUAGGGAAUUCCUUAUGAAAAGGGAAAUGGUUUCUGAUCUGCAUUAUUACAUGUUCAGUGUCCUGAGUAUUUCAGGGAUGACUAAACCCAUUGUAGCAAAACUGAUCAAAUUAUUUUCUUCUGUGUUAUUUGGCUAUAUUUCAUUGUGUUAAAGCAGAAAAUAAUUAUUUAGGAUAAAGCCUUCAGUUGCUUUAGAUUUUCCAGGUUCCAAACAUACAGAUUUAAAGUUCCUCCAAUUGUUUCUUUGUAGCUUUAUUUGUAGCUUUAAAGAUCUGACUGUCAAAAUGCAACAGUUUAUGUGUAGAAACUUGAUAUUGAAUAGAAAAUCCAGAAACAGGACUAAUAAGAUUAAAUAACAGUAUUAUUUUAAAACGAUAUAUACGUACAGUAUAUUGAAAAUAAGUUGGUUCGGAAACUCUGCUUGAAAAGUUAUUUUAAUGCUCUUUUAGCAGAAAGGUAUUGCGUACUUCAAAUUCCACUUACCCACAGCAAAUCAAUUGGCUGUUACAUACUACACCCAUGUGGGAAAAUAACUGAUAUAUGUUCUGUUAAUCUACUUUAAAUCAUCUUAUUUAAAACAAACAUUCAUUUGGGGGAAUGGGAUAUUUCAAACAAUUAUUUGACUGCUCCAGAAUCUUGAAAAAACACUUCCAUUAAGCCCUGAAACAAGUGGAUGUCUGAUGCUGUUCAGUCUUGCUAAUUUCUUGUGACCAACAUAGGAAGCCUGUCAGCUCAUCAAAGACCAUUUGCAACACAUUACUCACACUGAUCUUCCAGCAAUAUCUGAUGUGGACAUUCCUAACUUUGCUUCUUUUCAUUAGUGCCAUUUGGGUAGAUGGCAUUAAGAAUUUAAACAAAAGACGAUACAAAUGGACUGCUUGAAUUUUGAUUGACUGCCUGUCUGUUCAAAGAAGCUGUAAUUCUUGGGAUACAGUGAUAUGGAAAUAUUCUGUUACCAAUGUACAUACUACUGGCCUGCAAUAUGAUUGUGGACGAAAUGUUUCAGGUACCCUGAAUCACUUAAGAUCAAAUUAAUUUUCCUUGAGGAAAUUUUUAUCUGGCAAAAAUGGAAUUUCAUAUGAGUAUUUUACAAAGACAUAUAUAGAAUAAUGUUAUUUUGUAUUUCUGAGUACACCAAGUAUUGUAUUAGCCAGGCAAUUGAUAAAUAACAAUUCAGAAGCCAUGGGAGUCAACUGUUUCCUUUUUUUAAUGAUAAGACCCAGAAUGUGCCUUUUCCAACUUUUCUUCAGAACAAGUUAAAACAAGUUAACAAUUCUGUUAUGAAUAUAAGUUGUAUUAGUUCUUGCAUAAACAAACAUACCUACAGCUAACUGAAUUUGAUUUGGAGAAAAAGGUUUGUUUAAAAAAGCAAACAAAAUCUAACUUUGCUCCUGAUUUUAAGAAUCAUGCAUUGUCUAACUGAAUUUUUUGAAGCAAUGUUACAUUUUGUUAUUGGAGUCACUUUUGCCAAAAUAUAACAUUGACUUGAGAAAAACCUUAUAAGAAUAAAGAACUUUAAAAAACU